AUGGCGGGCGCGGCGCACCAGCAGACCGCCGCGGUCCUUCGCCUGCAGUCCGACCUGAGAGCGAUCAAGACCGAACCCCCCGACGGAUGCAGCGCGUCCCCGCACAGCGAGGACAACUUAUUCGUGUGGUCCGCGACGAUCUUCGGACCCGACGAGACGGCGUGGGAGGGGGGCGUGUUCUCGCUUCGAAUGACGUUCGGGGAGCAAUACCCGGAGAAACCCCCGCGGGUGCGAUUCACGUCCGAGGUGUUCCACCCGAACGUGUACAGCGACGGCACCUUGUGCAUGGACAUCAUACAAGACCAGUGGUCGCCGAUACACAACGUGUGCACGCUGUUGACGUCCAUACAGUCGCUGCUCACGGACCCCAACCCGAGCUCCCCGGCGAACCAAGAAGCGGCGCAGCUCUUCACGGAGGAUAAGAGCUCGUACAACCGGAAAGUGCGAAGGCUCGCGCAGAAGACGAUCGAGGGGUGACGCG